AUGGCAUCCCCAGCACCACAGCCAGGCACAGUGGAACAGCCCGUCAGCAUCGAGAAGUUGACCAACAGUAAUUGGGCAAAGCCAGACUACAAGCUACCCAUUCCCUCGCUUCAAUUCCUCUUCCACCUCGAAUGCGACAUGGAAUCCUUCAGACACAUUGGGAAUGGCCCCCACGGUGACAGGUCUACUGUGAUCUUCAAGGGCGGUAGAUUCGAGGGUCCACGCCUAAGAGGCCAAAUCCUUCCCGGAGGUGGAGACUGGGAGAUUGUGCGCGACCACGAUGGAGAUCAACAAACCGCUCACCUGGACACCCGCUACAACUUGGAAACACAUGACGGAGCGGUCAUCUACUUGCGCACAACAGGAACGCGAACAGGGAAGAAGGAAGUUUUGGAAAAGCUAGGCGAGGGCAAGAUUGGUCCUGAUGCUUUCAGAAUGCGCCUUCAUCUCACAUUCGAGACUGGCGAUGAGAGGUAUACCUGGCUUAAUUCGGCUGUCUUCAUCGCGAGCUCUGGGCGAGUAGGCGAUAUGGUUGUUUACGACGCUUACCAGGUCCUGUAG